UCGCAUAUUUCAGUAUACUCGAACACAACAAUGUGGACGAGCAGCAUGAAGAGAAAAAGUUUCUAGCGCGCAAUGCAAUCAACAAACGCUGUAUCACACUCGAAUCUAAAUAAAACACGAAAAAUUCAACAAGAAUGAAGUUUAAUUUAACUUUUUAUUAUCUAAUUCGGUAGCUAUGAAAUCUCAUCGAUACGUCUUGUGUUGUACUAUCUUUUCUCCCUUCUACUCGUUCCGUGUUAUCGAUUGUUACGAAUGCGCCGACUGAUAAUGCGUUAAAUGUGCACUUCCUUUAAUCUAAAAUCAUAUAUCCUUACAUCUAUUUCCUAGAAAGAAGCGAAUAUCACGAUCAAUCAGCAUUAUGUAUAGUCUGCAAAAUUAAUGGACAGUCGGACAUUUUACAACAUGAAGAUUUGAUAGAUGCAAAAAUAUGUAUUCUAACAUAUGGAAAUUUCUAUCAUGGAAAUAGAAGACUGAAAGUUUGAUGAUAUAAUGGAAUCCAGGAUGCCAGUAAAAUACGACGAUUCUUAAGUUCAGGAUGGAAAUUAGAAAAGGGCCUUGGUCGAAAAAAAUCCUGGUUCCAGCCUGUUUUUUGGUAAUUCUCAUCUGGAUUUUUCUAAUCGACAAUUCAUUACUGCUUGCCGGUUUGUCUGGCAAAGUAGCAUUACAAAAACCCAGAAAUUUCGUUUCUUUCGCUCGCGAUCCGAAUUUGGACCGUUUAACAAUCAAGGAAUCCUCUCUGAUAAAUGAUGUCGAAUCGAAACACUCAAAACUAUCGAAACUUCAUCUGGUGUCGCUUUGGGCAGGCAACAACACUGUUAAAGGAAACACAGGAUUCAUGCGAAAAUAUCAGAUUUUGAAACAGCAAGGUUUAAUGCCAAGUAAACAAUUACCAACUGCUUUGAUAAUCGGUGUUAAAAAAGGCGGGACAAGAGCGUUGUUAGAAUUUUUAAGAUUGCAUCCUGCUAUUCGUGCUGCUGGAUCUGAAGUACAUUUUUUUGAUCAUCAUUAUAUCAAAGGAUUUCAUUGGUAUAGACAUAGGAUGCCUCCAACUUUAGCCACUCAAAUCACAAUGGAGAAAACCCCAUCGUACUUUGUAACAAGUGAAGUACCGAGGAGAGUACAACGCAUGAAUUCAGGGAUGAAAUUGAUUCUUGUGGUAAGGGAUCCAGUUACUCGAGCGAUAUCCGAUUAUACUCAAGUGAAGAGCAAACGUGCUAAUAUGCCGAGAUUCGAGGAUUUAGCGUUUUUGAAUGGAUCGAAGAUCGUGGACACAUCAUGGGUACCAUUGAAAAUCGGAGUAUACGCACGACAUUUGGAGAGAUGGCUUCAAUAUUUUCCAUUAUCACAAUUUCUUUUUGUAUCCGGAGAAAGAUUAAUCAUGGAUCCUGUCGCCGAGAUUACGAGGGUUCAGGAUUUUUUAGGCCUAAAAAGAGUUAUUUGUGAGAAACAUUUUUAUUUCAAUGCCACAAAAGGAUUCCCUUGUCUGCUCAAAUCUGAGGAACGUCCUACACCCCAUUGCCUUGGUAAAAACAAAGGUCGUAGUCAUCCUUAUAUAGAUCCUGUAGCUAUACAACGAUUGAGAGAUUUUUAUCGUCCAUUCAAUCAACGUUUCUACCAAUUAACCGGAAUGGAUUUCGGCUGGUUGUGAGAAUAAAUGCGAUAAGCGAAUACAUAUCGAAGCUAGUCAAGUAAAAAAACAUAGUCAAUUUUUACUGAGAUACGACACGCGCGCAUGUGGUGUGCACCAUUAGUUUGCACUAAGGUAAUAAAAUUAGACAGUAAAGAACGAGAUAUACUCUUCUCUCGAUUAAUUUUCAUCCGUUUUUACUCUGACUCAGAAUAUUUUUUUAUAUAAGUAUGUAAAUGUGAAAUGAAAAAAAAAAAAAAAAUACGCAUCAUUUCAAUAUGUUGACAAUACACAGAAGAGAAUAUUCCUGUUCUUGUUCGUGAUAUUAACUUUUAGACACGCAUAUUAGAUUUAUAGUUGCCGCAAAAUGUUAUCAAUUACAUAUAUAAUUUUUCGCAUACUACAUAAACAUAUAUACUCUACUAUAUUUUAUACACAAUAUUACAAGAAAAGAUAUAUUCGAAUUUUUAACGAUAAAUAAUCAUACAAAUUGUUUUUUAUUUAAUAGAGAAUUUUUUAUAGAUAUUUAUUGUAGUUAGGUUGUUAAUUCUAUCUUCCAAUGAAACUUUGAAAAAUAGAAAAUAUUAUUAUUGAAAUAGUAUGAGUAUUUUUAUUGUUAUUAGUUGUUUAGAAUUAAGAAUUGUUUACUAUAUAUAUUUUGUUGAAUUUUUUAUUUUUAACAUUAAUAUUAUGUGAUAUAAAUUAAAAAAUAUAUAUGUAUAUAUUUAGUUUUAAUAUCAAGCAAAUAAAAAUGAGUAUUUUUUUAAUAAUUUAUUUAAAUUACAUCAAAACGUUUUGAAAUGAUAAAAAAAAUUAUCAUAUUAUAGAGGUCCUCAUAGUUCAGAAACAAACUGAGUACAAUUUAAAGUAAUAAAAAGUGAUGUCUCGCAUUUAAUAGUUUUAACAAACAUAUUUCGGUUAAAAAAGUAUACUAUAGAAAUACAUUAAUAAUAACGUCAAUUAGACAUUUAUAAUAGAAAAGGUUAUUGAAAAAAUUUGUAUAACCAUAUCAAAAUAAAUAAUUAAUUUCGAUACGUGCAAGUAGAUAAAAACUUGCACAAAUUGCAAUAAAAAUAAUGUACUUAUAUUUUGCAAACGUGCACGCACACAUACACAUAUAGAUACAUAUAGUAUAUUGCAAAGCAGAAGUUUUUACAAAUUGAAUUAAAAAAAUUAAUUGUAUUUUAAUUAAAUAGUAGAUAAAAAAAAAAUAGAUAUAAAUUAUCAAAGUUUGUUCCAAAUAAAUAUACUUUUAGAAAUUGUCUUCUAUUAGGAUGUUUUAAGAAUGUUUAUGAAUUAUCAUUGCAUUAAUUAUAAAAAGAAUUUUACUAUAAAUUUAUAUUAUAUUAUUAAAUAAAAAUUUUAACUUGCAGCUCAGAAUAAAUAAUUUGUAACAAAUUUAUUGUUAAGUAGUUUAUUGUUAAGUAAUUCUAUAUUUAGUUUACUUGCUCAAGUGGCCUAAUUAAUCUAAACUUAAGGAAUAAAGCUGUAAAUAAACAAUGAUUUAUCAAAUAAACAAUACUGUGUAACAUGUAUACUUACUUACAUCAAAUAUUUUUUCCUCCAAACUUCAAAUCAUCCAGGAAGACAUUAUUUCUAAAACUCUUUUUAUAAAUAAGAGUUUCAUUAUUUAUAAUGUAAUGGAUUCGUUUAUAAUUCGUCUGAUUUCUUGUAUAACAUCACAGGAAAAGAUAUUGUAGGUAACUAAAUGACAACAAAUAUAAAAGUCUGUUACAAACUUUGUAAUGAAAUAUUGCUUUCGAUUUAUCGAAAGAGGAAAACAACACGAUGCACGUGAAAGUUUUCUUUAUACAAUUGUAUAGAGUAUUGUCUUAAUACUUUCCGCAAAAGAUUCAUCCUCCUUUUGUACAAAGAGAAAUAUGUAUGUUUCUGAUCCGUUUCUUUAUAAUCUAUUAUAUUAUUAAAGAAAAAGAAAAGAGAAAGUUAACAAUAUAUAAAUUUCAGCCAUUCGAUGAAAGAUAGAUGAUUCGUGAAGCUUUCUUUGAGCGACGCUCAUCUUUUUUCUUUCGUUAAUAAGAAUGCUAAUUAAAGUCAUUAAUUUCUUUGGAAAUUAUACAUUUUUAAACCAUCGGAAUGGCUUUGCGUAUAUAUAUAUAUAUAUAUAUAUAUAUAUAUAUAUAUAUAUAUAUAUAUAUAAAGAUAUAAGUACGACAUACGUUUUAUUGAUACUCUAAUCUUAUGUUAAAGAUUCUUGAGCAAUCUUAUCGAUUGAUGGACGGAAUAAGUACUACAUACUGUCGAGAGGGACGAUAUUACAAUAGGUCAGUAUGUUCAUCAUACGUGAUCAUCGAACGAUCAUUAAUAAUUACCGCAUAAUAAUACAAUUGAAUUCGGGCAACAAAAUACUGAUUCAAUAUUAUAUAUUUAUGAUAGAAUCUCUUUUUUUUUUCCUUUUAGAAUUAUUUUAUAUGAAUAAAACAACAUUAUUUUUUUCCCCUUCAUACUUAUAACCGAUUAUGAAUUUUCGCGAAAAGAUAAACAUAUAUAUAUAUGUGUAUAAUAACCAUUUUGCUUUCAGUUCUUUUUUUUUUUUUUUUGAUCUAAAAAAAAAAAAAGAAAAAAAAAAGAAAGAAAGAAAGAAAAGAAACAAGGGAUCUAUCUAUGAAAAAUAAAUUUUGUGGAAUACUUAACGUUAAAUUAUCGACUACAAUGAUCCUUAAAUCUAUAAACUAAUACGUCAUUAAUAUUUCGUUAUUGUUUCUAACGUAUGUAAUUAAGAUCAUGCUUAAUUAUGAUUUCGUUCCUACGUUUCUUAAUGAUGAUUUCGAUCAUACUGAUAAUUGGGAGCAUUUCGUGAUGCAACAUGAGGAACGCAUCGGACAAUUUAACGAUCUACGUUCUUUCUCGUGGAUGGUACUCUCUGGCGAUGGUAAAAACAUGAAAUGUUUCUUUUGAGACUAUUUCUUCGUGAGCUAGUUUUUUCUUCGACAUUUUGUUUCAUCGAUCGAAUGCAGAUGCACAAUCCCGGCCUAUUUUCCACGACAAACCUAGCCUGAUUUAAUCGAAUCAAAAGAAAAGAUUGCAUUGUUUCGAAUUUCUUUUCUUCGUUAUUAAAUUUUUCAUAAAAAAAAAAAAAAAAAAAAAGAAAAAAGAAAAAAGAAAA